AUGGCCUGCACAGGCCUGCGACCCAGCUUCCGCAAGCUCCUACAGCAAGCCUCGCGCACCCACGACGUCCCAUCAUUCCUCGUUCCAGCACUGUCUGGGCGCACAAACCGACACACAAAGUCACGGACAUUCUCAACGACACGCACGCAAUGCUCGCGGAUAGGAAGAGAGCCAAUAACAAUACCACCAGACGUCUCGCUACGCUUCUUCGACCUGCCCAUUGAAAAUGCACGGUCACGCAAAGCCGACACACCAACCUCUGCGGUCGAAGUAAAAGGCCCUCUCGGCAGCCUCACACUCGCGCUCCCACCCUACCUAACAACAACCCUCACCGACUCCUCCCGCAAACUCCUCACCCGCGUGCAAACUCCAACCCUCAAACACCAACGCGCCAUGUGGGGCACAAUGACCUCGCACCUCUCCAACCUCAUCUCCGGCGUGAGCGAAGGCCACGUCUGCAUCCUGCGCCUCGUUGGCGUCGGCUACCGCGCCACCCUCGAACCCACACCCUUGGUCCCCACCUCCAUCAUCGAGUACCCCAACCAGCCCUUCCUGAACCUAAAGCUAGGCUUCGCACAUCCAGUGGAGAUGGGCGUGCCAGAAGGCGUGAAAGCGAGUGUGCCGCAGCCGACGCGGAUACUGCUGGAGGGGCCGGAUAAGCAGGUGGUGACGCAUUUUGCGGCGAAGAUUAGGAAGUGGAGGCGGCCGGAGCCGUACAAGGGCAAAGGGAUUUAUGUCAAUGAUGAGACGAUCAAACUGAAGGCGAAGAAGAUCAAGUAG